UGGGUUAAGGUGAGAGAUCAGUUGACCCUUCCCUGCGCCACAGACGACAAGAAGAUGAAGGGCUACUUGAUGUUUCUGCUUGGGUCUGUUUUGUUUGUAGACAAAACAGCGUCUAACAUAAAGCCGUGGUGGAUCCAUUUUACCAACGAUCUCGAUAAUGUCGGCAAGUAUUCGUGGGCUUCGGCAUGCUUAGCAAACAUGUACCGCCAAUUGGGUAUUGCCACCCGCGCUGGGAUGAACAGUCUCUGUGGAUGUGUUAUUCUCCUUCUGGUACGUGUACCUUUAUUAGUAAUUAUUUAUUUAUUUAAACUUCUAUUUUAUUUAUUUAUUCAUUGGUGUUUGUUUGCAGUGCUGGAUCUUUGAGUAUUUCCCCUGCUUUCGACCACCUCUUUCCCGUUCAUAUGCCGAGUUUGAGCCUCGAUGCAGAAGGUGGGCCCAUGGUGGAGGCAAUAAAACCACGUUGCAGGAAUACCGAAAAAUACUCGACGCCAUGACCGAAAGAGAUGUUUGUUGGACCCCGUAUGGUACCGGUGCACAUUACUUACAUCCUCGGAGCAUGUAUUACGGCACGAUACAGUUCAUGGAUAUAGUGGAGCCGUACAUGCCCGACCGAGGGUUGCGGCAGUUUGGAAGAGUCCAGACUAUUCCUUUCCCGAUAAUUGAAUCGAACUUGCCACAUAACCGCGGCUUGUUUGGCGCGGGAUACAAAGUCACUUUCCACGGUCCUGGCGGCAUGUGGCAGAACGAGUACGCCAACUUCAUUGACCUGUCGCAAUACCCUGAAGCCUGGCCGCCGGAAACAGUUGCCGAGGAGUACAUGAAGUGGUACAUCGAGCGGACGCACCGGUUCAUUAGCAACCCUGAUAGAGUUCCGCCUGCAGAACGGGUUGUUGCUGCGGUGCCGCCAGACCAGCCGUUCGCCAACGACAUAGCUCGGCUCCUAGUUCCGAUCGUGUUCGGUUUGACUGGUGACGACGCAGCUGAGGCAUUCCUGAGCAUUCAGCCGCAGUUGAGGGACUUGUUGACGCCACAUGCCCACUAUUUGCGCCUCUUACCUAGGAGGGGUCGCGGGGGAGGUCCGAGGACUCGGGGUCGGGGGUCGAGGGGUGGACAGUAGGACAUGUUACCUAUUUAUGUAUUAGUUUCGGAUUUUU